AAAGCUAUAUCCACGUUCCGGAGCAUCUGUGAUUCAGGACAAAUAUGACCUAAAAAUGUGUCUAUAAUGUCAUAGCAACACACAACCAAAUAGCAUAUUUGGCUGAGCAACUCCAUCCUGGCUCGGGCUGACAGAAUCUCACUUGUGUGGGGUUGAUUAAGCCAGUUAUGGCUGUCAGUAGAAGAGUGGGAACCAGAGCCAUCAUCUCUGAGCUUAACCCUUUAGCAUCCUGCACUGUGAUCAAAGAAAGUGAAAAGAUCUCUGGAGAUGGAGAAGUUCCAAAUCCAGAUGAACCUGAGCCCAGCAACGUGGACGUCCAACCACCCUCACCCACUCCAGGAAGAUUUUGUCUUAGUGAUGGCUCUGGGGAUGAAUUCAUCCACGGAGAAAGCCCGCCUGAGCCCGACAGCAUGGAGGAGGACUCGCUGUCUGAGUAUGACAAUGUAGGCUCUGGGGAGGAGGAAGAAGAGGAAGAGCAUGAUUAUGAGGAAGACGAGGAGCUGCAAACCGAAGCCGACAGGAUGACCUACUAUGUCCAUUGUUGCCCUGAGGAUGAGAGUUACAUGGAAGGAAUGGACUGUCAUGAAGGAGUGGACAGUGCUGAGUGUCCCACCACGUCCCGGGACAUCAAAGAGAGCUGUAAAGCAGAAGAGGCCUGGGGGCACUCGGAAGGCUGUAAUAAAGUAGUGCAGCAAGACACAACGGCGUUGGUCUACAAACGACCAGAGCCUAUUACAGAGACAAGAUUUGUCCAAGUCCCCAUGGCUGAAGAUGAAGAGGAUGAAGAGGAGACAGAGGAAGAGGUGGAAGAAGAGGACAGUGAAGUAGAAGACGAUGAGUAUUUCCCUUACGAAGGGAAAGAACCAGAGGAGAACAAUAAUGACAUCCGACAUAAAGAUUUUCCACAAGAUAGAAGUCAUUCCCAAGAAUCCCAUGUUAAAGUCGAACAAGGAGAUGACACAAUUAGUGACUAUAGAAGGAACCAGGACUUCCCCAAACACUCAAGGGAUGUUAAUCCUAGGUCAAGUUGUACUCCUAGGGAUGGAUUGGAAAGAGUUAGAAAAGAGUAUACUACAGAUUGUUCAAAAGAUUGUGAUGUCCCUGUGGCCAGAGGAAUUAGAGGAGACCCUACCGAAAGCUCCAGAUAUAGAGGACAUAAAGUUGAGAGGGCACACAACAGAGACACCGCUUACAAGGAGGGUAGUGGCGUCAAUGAAAAAAUUAAAUAUGCAGAUCCAGAGGACAGAGUAUUUUGGGAAAAAAAGUAUUCAUUUAGAGGGGACAACAGGAACAGAGAUACAAAGCAUUUACUUGAGCAAAGUAGUCCUGGAGACAGCAAAAACAAAGGACAUGAGCAUCCUGUUUGUAGUCAUAAUCCGAAGGGUGAAAGAGAGAGCUGUGAUGUUAAUGAAUAUCAAAUUGAGAACCAAGUUAAGUCCAAACUGAAAGUUACGCCUCAAAACUCAGAGAGAGACAAAGGUGGAGCUCAACAGACAAAUCAUGAAAGAGGGGCUCUUGAUAGUUCCAGGGCCUCUGGAACAUCAUCAUGCAGGAGAAACAGCCAACCCAGAGUCCCUUUUAACACACCUAUACAAUGGCCAGACAAACAAAUCCAUAAAGACUUGGCCAAACCCAUUGAAGAGAAGAAGAUAAGGCCAAGUCAGGAACAGGUUUCUCAGAGUACUCUAGAUGACAAUAGAACAGGGACACCAUCCGGACAAAAGAGACCAGCAAGUAACCUAACUCCGCCAACCCAGAGAAAUCCCUCUUUCCCAAGCUUUGUGGAUAUCCCGGGUCCAUGUGAGCCAGAGGAUCUCAUUAAUGGUAUCAUCUUUGCUGCAAACUAUCUCGGCUCGACCCAGAUGCUCUCUGAUAGAAACCCAUCUAAAAGUGUACGCAUGAAACAGGCGCAGGAAGCUGUAGACUCUGUUAAGUCUGAAGAGGGGGAAGCUCAGAGCUUGACAGAGGUUGAUCUGUUCAUUUCAACAAAAGCGAUCAAGGUGCUCAAUGCUGACACACAGGAGACGAUCAUGGACAACACCCUCCGCACCAUCUCAUAUAUUGCAGACAUCGGCAGCGUGGUGGUUCUGAUGGCUCGCAGGCGUCUGUCUAACUCCUCCUCGCUCGACUGCACAGAUUCAGACCUCAACGCAGAGAGUCGCAAGCAGUAUCGGAUGAUGUGUUAUGUGUUUGAGUCAGAGGAUGCCCAGCUCAUCGCUCAGUCCAUCGGUCAGGCAUUUAGCAUGGCCUAUCAAGAGUUCCUGCGAGCCAAUGGGAUCAACCCCAAAGACCUGAGCCAGAAAGACUACAGUGACAUCCUGAACACACAGGAGAUGUAUAAUGAUGACCUCGUUCAUUUCUCAAAUUCUGAAAACUGUAAAGAGGUUCAGCUAGACAAGCAGAAGGGAGAGAUACUUGGUGUGGUGAUUGUGGAGUCGGGCUGGGGUUCCAUUCUGCCCACUGUCAUCUUGGCCUGCAUGCUGAACAACGGCACUGCUGCCCGCUCGGGCAAACUCAGUGUGGGCGAUCAGAUCAUGGCUGUCAAUGAUACCAGCCUGGUGGGCCUGCCCCUCGCAACCUGUCAGGGCAUCAUCAAGGGUUUGAAAAAUCACAUGCAAGUAAAGCUGAGUGUGGUGAGUUGCCCUCCUGUUACAACUGUCCUCAUAAAGAGACCAGACCUGCAAUACCAGCUUGGCUUCAGUGUUCAGAAUGGCAUAAUCUGUAGUCUGAUGCGAGGUGGGAUUGCAGAGAGAGGAGGGGUGCGUGUCGGGCACAGAAUAAUUGAGAUAAAUGGACAGAGUGUGGUCGCUAUGGCUCAUGAGAAAAUCGUCCACGCCCUGUCAGUGUCUGUAGGAGAGAUUAAUAUGAAAACUAUGCCAGCCGUCAUGUUCAGAUUGUUAACUGGCCAAGAGACUCCGGUGUACAUUUGAGGAAUCAUAAAAAUAGGAACUUUUGCAGGGUGACAUUGAAAUAGUUUACAACUCCAUUGC